AUGAGAAAAUUCAUCCCCCUCCCCAAAAAAUCAAAUUUAAUUUUUAGAGCAGAAAUAUACAAAGGGGGACCAAUUGCUUGUGGAAUUGCUGCUACCAAAAAGUUUGAUGAUUAUGCUGGCGGUAUUUAUAAAGAAAAGACUAAUGAAGUUGUCGGAUGGGGAAAAGACGAAAACUCUGGAAUUUCCUAUUGGAUUGGCAGAAAUAGUUGGGGCACUGCUUGGGGUGAAAAUGGCUGGUUCCGUAUAGUAACCUCAGAAUAUCGAAAUGGAGGGAAUAAAUAUAAUUUAAAAAUCGAAGAGGAUUGUUAUUGGGCUGAUCCCGAAAUUUAA